AUGGCAGAAGAGGAAUGGAAGGAUACUUCUGAAAAAGAUGUUAACACACAGAUGGCAGUAGAGAAAGGGAAGGAUACUUCUGAGAAAGAUGGUAACACGCAGAUAGCAGUAGAGGAAGGGAAGGGUACUUCUGAGAAAGAUGUUUAUACGCAGAUGGCAGAAGAGGAAGGGAAGGAUUCUUCUGAGAAAGAUGUUAACACACAGAUGGCAGUAGAGGAAGGGAAAAAUACUUCUGAGAAAGAUGUUAACACUCAGAUGGCAGUAGAGGAAAGGAAGGAUACUUCUGAGAAAGAUGAUAACACGGAGAUGGCAGUGGAGGAAGGGAAGAAUACCUCUGAGAAAGAUGUCAACACACAGAUGGCAGUAUAG